CAUAAUGCAUCAUGGAAGGAGGCGACUCUUGGCUGGCUCGAGUUCGUCUUUGUUAAAGGCAAUGCGCUAUGUGGCGCUCUAAAUGAUGACCGCCUGUGGUACUUGAUGUCAGUGCAAUUUAGAUUGUUGCCACUAUGGAACGGGCAUUAUUAGCACUGCCUGAGGAAGUUUAUUGUUCUUUCAGUUAUUUAACAGUCCCUUUUACUUGCGGUUUCGCGUGAUGUAACAUUCGGAACAUGGAUCAGAUUUUAGAAGAACCAUACUAUGAGCUACCAAACCUACGCACGUCAAUUAGUAUGACAAUUCUGUUUUCGCAAGUAACCAUGGUCACCAAGAAAAGGAUAUGACUGCGUUGCACAAGUUACGUGAUAUCCAUCACGUUAUCCUAGCAUAGAACGAUGAUGGACCAACAGAAAACCGUAGACUUUGUUCUGGUGCAAACAUGUUCGAAGGAAAUACCAACCGCUAUAGCCGGGUAUCGGCAUACAUUUUUCCGCAAAACAUUUCUAUGGAACAUCGGAUUUCCCAGCGCGACGACUCUACUGGAUUCGAAGUUUCGGACCAAUUGGAAGAUGAUGAUCACGUACUAACAGCACGUAUUGGCAGUCGAAAGAGCUUUGUCUAUCGUUUGCGCCGCCUGUUCCUUAUCGAUAGACAACAUCCAAGUUCCGCGCUGCACUUCCGAUCGCACUGUCUGUACCGACGUGAGCUGGCGCGCCAAGUGCGCAGCGAUUUUUGGUACAUCAUUCACCCAUUCAGCCAGUUUCGGUUCUACUGGGAUGUUUGGCUGAUUUUCUACUUUUACGCAGUUUCCAUGCUAUGUCCAUUCCUGUUUUCCUUCACAAAUUUGGUCCGAGCCAGUGGUAGAGCUUACAUAAUAUCCAUGGUUCUUAAUUUUAUUGCUACUUUGGACUUUGUGAUCCAUGCGUGUACAGGCUAUCUGGAAGAUCAAUUGAACAGAAAUAUCGUUUUGCACCACGGAAAGAUUCUGCUAAAAUAUUUGAAGAGCGACAUGAUCGUCGACCUGCUGGUCAUGGCACCUUUAACCCUAUCUGUGGGAGUGUACUACGACAACGCUACGCACGCCAUAUCCCAAACAGUGGUAAUGGAUAUAGUUCACGGUAUGAUGAUGCUGAAGAUCAUUUCAUUGAGGCACGUUUGGGGAUAUUUGGAAAAUGUGUUUGAGCGUUACAAAAUUGAGUCGCUCAAAUACUACAUUGUGCGGAUCGUUAUGACUUCCGUGCUGAUCGUGCACUGGUGCAUUUGCUUGUACAAAAUUACCAUAUUCGAAUGGGAAGCUGAGCGUACAGGAGUAGCCAUAUCGUACAUGGAGGCCCUUUACCAGUAUGGCGUGUGUCUUUAUUCGGUGUCCUGGUUUAUGUUUGCCUACAGCUUUAUAGAUCGGGAAAUUCCCAGCGAUCCUCGGGCGAAGGCAUUUAGUACGGCGUGUAUUGUGAUUGGAUAUAUGUUCAAGCUUUUCAUAUUUUUGCAAAUUAUUAAUCUGGUUGAAAUAAUGAGCUCAAUGGAUCGCAAAUAUGCGGAAGUCACGAAUCAGCUGCAAACGUACGUUCGUACGAAGCAACUUCACACGGCCGACAUGAAGCAACGACUGCUGUAUUACUACGCCAAACGGUACGAACACUGCUUUUUCCAGGAAGACAUCAUAAUGGAAAGCCUAUCCGAAUCCCUUAAAAAACGAAUCACAGAUUACAGCGCGACAAACUUUUUGAAAACGGUAAAAAUAUUUGAUGGCAUUCCAAAUGAUCUGCUACUUCCGUUGGUGGAAAGGAUGACCAAAGAAAUCUACUUACAAGAUGAUCUCAUCAUUAAGGCAGGAUCAUUUGGAGACAAAAUGUACUUCAUCAUUGUUGGCAUGGUGGCAGUCUAUACCCACAGUCGUAAGGAAAUUUGUCACCUGUCGGAUGGGGAUAACUUUGGCGAAGUGUCGAUGUUUACACGUAAAAAGCGCCUUGUCAGUGUUGUGGCGGUAGAGUUCACACAAGUGUACGUUAUCGACCGAAUGGCGUUCAAGAAUUUGUUUCCCGCCGAUCAUGUUGUAUACCAACGCCUGCAGGAGAUGGCCAAUAAACGCAUGCAGAUAACGCUAGUGUUCGAAGAACAGCACAAAAACUAUCUGCUAAAGAUGGGAAUGAGUCAAAAUGAGAUCAAGAUUGGGAUAUGAUUCCAGAACGAGCAGAGUGGUCAGGCUUGCUCCGGUAUCGUUUGGAAGAAAGCUCCAGCUCGGUUGGUUGCCAAUGCUCAGUGUAUUUCCAGUGCUUAAUUUUGCUUCGGGUGUAGCCACACUUGAUGUGUAAAAUCGAUAAUGUUUUUGACACCUUUUAGGCAUGAGCAUCGAAAGUGAACCAGUUUGUGUACACGACGCAAAUGCAAUCGUUGCAAAAGCAUAAUUGAGGAUGUAUGCGUUGUGGCAACUGGUUUUUGGACUGGAGGUGCAGUGCGAACCGGAAAAUUAGUCAAUUAUAAGAACACCUGGCGGGUGUGAAAUCAUAUCCUAUGCCUCUUAUUUGUUGUUUAAAUGAGCAUAAUUAUAAAUUAAUGCUAUCAUAAUUUACAUAAAACCAUAUUUCCUAUUUGUUCCAUACAAUUUGAUUUAUUUUAAGAAGGGGUUAUUUUUAGUUUUACAUAAUUUUUCACUAAGAGGGAGAUCACUAGUUAUAUCAAAAAUAUUUUUUUUUUACUUUUUGUUGCGAAAAUUGAGCUAAGCUCAUGGUACAGUCUUGUGGUACAGUUGUAGAGCGUACCACUUCAAUAAUAUACAUACCCAUGGAUUCAAGUCCUGUAUGGACCGAUCUUUUCAUAUGCAGGACUGUCCAUCCUAGAAUGGGGACUGUACAACACAAUCAGUCAUAGAUGAACAGGCCUCUAAUACCGUCCAUUGUUGUGCAAAAUAAAAAUAA